AGAAUCUAAUAAGUUACUUUUGCUUGAACAGUCAACGCAGGCGGGCGCUUAUUUAUCCGGCCGAACAAUGAGAUUCGGAAUGUUUUUAUUUGUUGCCGCCCUGAUAGGCGUAGCAGCAUCAUCGAGCAUACCGGCGACUGACGAGUUGCCGCAUAAUCCUCUGGAACACGAUUCCCUGCAUGUCAAGCACUUUGAUGGUAGCGAACACAACGCGCAAUAUGACCACGAAGCAUUUCUGGGCGCAGACGAAUCCAAAAAGUUUGACAAUCUUUCGCCAGAGGAAAGCAAGCGACGUCUGGGCCUGAUAGUGGAUCGCAUUGACGAGGACAAGGAUGGAUUUAUUACAUUAGCCGAACUGAAAAACUGGAUUCAAUAUACGCAGCGUCGCUAUAUCGAGGAAGAUGUUGGGCGCCUAUGGCGCCAGCACAAUCCAGACAAUAAUAAAACUAUUAGUUGGGACGCUUAUCGCAAGAAUAUCUAUGGCUUCAUGGAUAAUCUGGAUAAGGAUGUCCUGGAGGAGGAGGAGCACGGUAUCUCCUACAAGAGCAUGUUGAAACGUGAUCGCCGCCGCUGGGGUGUAGCUGACCAGGAUCUGGACGACAAUUUGACACGCGAGGAGUUUACGGCUUUUUUACAUCCAGAGGAACAUCCCAGUAUGCGCGAUGUGGUCUUGCAAGAGACUGUGGAGGACUUGGACAAGGACAAGGAUGGUAAAAUCUCUGUAGACGAAUAUAUAGGCGAUAUGUACCGCCCAUCGGGGGUGGACGAGGAAGAGCCUGAGUGGGUGCUCAGCGAGCGCGAGGCCUUUUCAAAGCAUCGCGAUCUAGACAACGAUGGCUAUCUGAAUGAAGAGGAAGUACGCCAGUGGAUUGUGCCCAAAGAUUUUGAUCAUGCUGGUAGUGAAGCGAAGCAUUUGAUAUUCGAGGCAGAUAUGGAUCACGAUGAGCAGCUCACCAAAGACGAGGUAUUGGACAAGUAUGAUGUGUUCGUGGGUUCGCAAGCCACAGACUUUGGCGAGGCACUGGCACGCCACGAUGAAUUUUAAGUGCCAUUUCUUGAGGAAUAUCCCAACCAAUGAAUCUCUAGAGAGUAAGCCAAGUUCGGAUCAAAUGCCAAAUAAAUUGUAAUAAUUGUAAGUUAAACAUAACUCAAAAGUGCAUUAUAAAAAGAGACUUAACUUUAA